AUGUCUGGUGCGGUCGCAAAUUUGGCUAUCUCUCUUGGUGCUAUGCAGGUGGCCCGCAAAAUUCCUUUCGACGAUCCCGAAGUGCUAAACUAUGCUCGCAUUGGAUAUGUUGCGACUCAGUUGACCCUCCUUGGUAUCUACUACUAUGUCUCAAUGGUAAUCAAGAAAAAGAAUGACCAGACUGUCCUCAAAUAUGUCGAACCACCAAGUGCUAUGGCGCCCCAGGAAGAAGGGAAACUAGUAACGACGACAGUCCGGGACUAUGAUCUUGCAGAGGUUUCAAAGUUGCUCCGUGCGGUCUAUAUGGGCAUUCUAAUGAUGGCUUUCCUCCAUGGAUACAUGAAAUUCACUCAGCCGCUAUUUAUCCAAAGCUUGAUGGGAUUGAAGGGUUUGUACGAUGCGAAACCCCUUGCCAUUCACAUACUCGGAAAGCCUGCUGAAGGUGAACUGAAAAGACCAUUCAAGGCUGCUCCAGGAAUCUUCGGUGGUGCCACUGGUGGACCUCAGACCGACAAGGCUGCAAUCACUGAAGCUGAAAAGAAAGUGGGUGGGAAAAAGGAUGAUUAA